AUGGCCCAGGAAUAUGAGGACGUCGACGGCAGCGAGGAGAAAGACGACUUGGGUUUUCGUGAUGCGCCCGCAUUAACCCGCAAGCAUACCCGCAUCCUAGAUGCAUGCAGGCGGAGAGACAUCGACGAUCUUCAGGCCUUAGCCAUAUCGAGGGGUGGAUUCCUCACCGACACCAUCCGUUGCCAAGCAUGGCCAAUAUUGCUGGGCGUUCACACCUACCAACGUGGGGAGCAGGAGGAAAGCUCCGAUUCGUGGAGAAAGCUAGAACAGCAUCGAGACGAAGGCCAGGUCAAGCUAGAUGUUGACCGGAGCUUCGUCUACUACCCAAACGAUGAUACCCAGACACAACUCGACAAGAAGAAAUCACAGCUCUCAGACCUUAUCACCGAGGUCCUCCGACGGCACCCAUACCUCUGCUACUUCCAAGGCUACCACGACAUAUGUCAAGUCUUUCUACUGGUUCUCCCGCCAACCACGCGGGCCGCAGCCGUUGCCCGCCUAUCCGCCCUACGCAUUAGGGACUUCAUGCUACCAAGCCUGAACCCGUCUGUUGCGCAACUAAGGCUGAUUCCAGACAUCCUUCGGGCAGCUGACCCAGCGCUGUGUGCUCAUGUGUCACGAACAGAACCCUUUUUCGCGUUGUCAGAUACGUUGACUAUGUUCGCGCACAAUGUGCGACGGUACAGCGAUAUUGCACGCCUGUUUGAUGCCCUACUAGCUCGCGAGCAGGCUUUUACGCUUUAUGUCUUCGCGCAGAUCGUCCUGCGCCGUCGGGACGAGCUUUUCCAGCAGGACGAGCCUGAUAUGCUACACUUUACCCUUUCAAAGCUACCCGAUGACCUAGAUCUCGACGCCGUUAUUGCCGAUGCCGCCACUCUAUUUGAUAACCACCCCCCAGAAUCUCUACGUGGGUGGCACUCCGUCUCAAGUGCCAGCACUUUAAAGACUACACGUGAUGUAAGUGUAUGUGCUACGCAAACCCUGGAAGACGGACAUAAGUACUUUGAGAAACAGUGCCGCGAGCUCCAAUGGGCGCAGCGGCAGGAAGAACUACUCCGGGCCGCAUGGGCCAACAGAACCUUGAUCUUAGCCGUAGUCAUCGGCGCCGGCGCCGUGUACUUCCGGAAAGCACCUAUAUGGUCAAGUCUCACCUCGUGGUCGAUCCCGAGCCAUUAUUUCUAG